AACUGUUCAUUAAGAAAGAACAGAUCGCCUGGAAAGGAGCCCUAAAUAUCUACGAGAAAGAACUUUCGAAAAUGGCAUUUUUUAAAUCUGCUAUUCUCUAUUCUUAAUAUCCUUCUCAGAAAUCACUAUUAUCUACAACUAAAAAUUCACAAUAAAAACAUCGAUGAAGAAAACAAAUAAAAGAUGUAAGAAACUCGUGAGUUUGUUAUGGAAGGAGUUGGGGCACGGUUAGGUAGGUCCUCGACUCGGUACGGACCAGCUACGGUAUUCACCGGUCCGGUGAGGAAGUGGAAGAAGAAGUGGGUUCAUGUCUCUCCCUCCACUAAGAAAGACAAUAAUAGCUCCUCUGGUUCCGCCGCUGCAGCAGCUUCCGUCGUUAACGGUGGUUCGAAUUCUGACGGCAGUAAUGGAUCGCAUUUGUUGCUGUAUAAAUGGGCACCAUUGUCUCAGAACGGUAACAGUAACGGGAAUGAAGAUGGUAAGAGUGAGAGUAAUUCUCCGAGCGAGGACACGGUGGUCGCGGCGGCAGAAGAUCCUCCGCGGCGUAGAUUCAAAUAUGUUCCGAUUGCUGUGCUUGAGGAACAGAAGAAGGAGAUUACAGAAAUUGAGGAAGAUGAUAAGAUUGAGGAGGAUGACAAGAUUGAAGAGGAUAAUAAGGUCGAGCAGGAAGAUAAGGUUGAUGAGGAAAAAACUGUAGAGGAGUCGAGCGAGAAGAUAACGGAAGUGGAGGAAAAGCCUGACAUCAAUGAUGUUCCGAUGGAAGAUAUUCAGGAUGAAGAAAAAAUAGUACAGGAUGAUGAAGAAAAAGCAGUGCGACAAGAUUUGAACGAAAGCACUGUGGAUUUAGGACUGAACUUAAAUGCAAACGAUGUGGAUGCUGAAAACGCCCCAAAGGAGGACAAGCCAUUAGAAGAAUGAUAAACUGGGUGCAUCGGGUUUGGUUCGUCGCCCUCAAUUCUCAAUAUCA